AUGGCCGACACCACUUCAGCGCCUCCUCAGCCUCCCGUUCCCCAAGCGCCGAAACACAUGAGCGAAGUCACUGGUCCCACGAUCUCAAGAUUCCGCCUGCUCUAUCUCAUCGUCAACGAUAUGAUCGAUUGGCACAUGUCCCUCAAUCCGGUGGCACCCUGGCAUCGCAUUCGCCUAUUCGAGGAGGGAAAAUACUGGAGUCUCCAGCCGCAGCAUGGCAAAUUCAUCUGGAUAUCGCGAGGGUGGUGCAAGGAGCUGGUAGAGCCACAUAUCGCUCGCGACCAAGGAGAGAAGGUUGAAGCCCCCAGUCCCUAUCAGAGACCAAAACCCAAAGUUCUACCAUCUCAGAAAUCCGACCCGAUCUAUUACGACCCGACAUAUGAGCACCCAAACGACAGACCUGCCGUGCCCGGUCCCAUAAUCAGUCGUGCUCAGCUCAUCGGGCUGCUGCAGGAGAAGGACAUCCUUUGCGAGACGACAUCCGAUAGAAAAUCGGCCAACCACCGCCUACUGUUGCAAGACGAAUCUACGGUCGUCUACAUCCCGCGGUAUCUUUGCGAGGAGCUUUGGGAGCCAUACCAGGUCCUCCGCCAGCGGUACGAGAAGGACACCCAGGAAGACUACCGGGCGAACGCACCCUUCCGCCCAUCAUCUCAAUUUCUUGGUGGUCGGGAGUAUCGUGGCGUUCCUGGUCUGAGUGAUCGACCCCGGCGUCGAAUCGCGUCUUUGUCAGAGGCGCUCGAAGAAGACAAGCCGGAAGACUCCGACCCAAAAUACUUCCAAAAUCCCUCUAACAACGCCUCCAAUCCCAUCCGCACCGGCAUGAGCAAAGUCUUCGACAAGUACCGCGACAACCCCAGUGAAGAGCCGGACGAGAUCAACGUAGAAGGGGUGAGCAAGAUGCUGGGUGAGAUGGGUAUUGGUCUGGAAGACAUCGGCAGCCUGGUGUUCUCAGAACUCGUCUCAUCACCCUCUCUCGGCAGAGUCACUCGCGAUGGCUUCCUCGACGGCGCAGUGGACGUCAACGCCGACUCUCUGAAAAAGCUCAGCAACAUCGUCAACCAACGCCGCUCCCAGCUCUCCAAAGACCGUGCCCUCUUCAAGAACGUCUAUAACCACACUUUCACCAUCGCCCUACAAGGCAACCAGAAAGCCCUUCCCUCCGAAAUGGCGCUCGAGUUCUGGAAGCUGCUCUUCUCGAAAGACGGGCUGGAGUGGCGCACGGCGAACGCCAACUGGCUGGAGAUGUGGCAGGAGUUCCAGGAGGAGAAGUGGAAGAAGGCGGUGAACAAGGACUUGUGGCGGCAGACGCUGACGUUUGCGGAGGAGACGAUGAAGGAUGAGACGUUGGGGUUCUGGUCCGAGGAGAGCAGUUGGCCGAGCGUGAUUGAUGAUUUCGUGGCGUGGGUGAAGGCGGAGAAGGGGGUGGGUGGGGAUGCUAUGGAGGUGGAGUGA